GUCAACGGAAGUGUGUGUGUGUGUGUGUGUUUGUUUACCAUGCAAACCAUAUUUGGUGUUUGAAAGCUUUUGCACUGGUUACACGGAGAGGAUACACACCAGAAAUCCGUGUUCUUUACACUAAUAGACUAAACACUAAUAGACAGCACUUCUACAUUUUGUUUUCUAUAAGAGACUAUUCAAUUUAUCAGUGCAGGAGUACAAGUGAAAGUGAAAGCAAGAUGAAGAUUGCAGUGCUUGGAGCUACAGGACAGACCGGGCAGAAUCUGGUAAACCAGGCUCUCCAGCAGGGACACAGGAUCACAGCUAUCGUGAGGAAUCCUUCUAAACUGACAAUAAACCAUGAGAACCUUAAGGUGGUCGAAGCAAACAUUUUUUCUACAGAAAGUCUGAAGCCACACUUUGAAGGACAGGAUGCUGUUAUGUCAUGUCUUGGAUUCGCACCAUCUCUUUUCUCUGGUAUCACCGGCUACACUGAGUCUAUGACGGCAACCCUCGAUGCAAUGCGAGAAGUCAAAGUGAAUCGAAUCAUUGCAAUGACAUCAUGGUACACGGAACCUAAUUCAGGGAGCAACAGUCCUUUCUACAUUCGCUUCAUGCUGCUGCCAAUAAUUCGUAGUGUUUUGAACAACAUGUAUGAGAUGGAGAGGCUUUUGGAGAAGACUGAGGACUUUAAAUGGACCGUUGUCAGGCCGCCUGGGCUGCAGAAUACUCCAGUUACAGACAAAGAAUUCCAGACCCAUGAAGGUUACUAUGUCCCUGAUGAGAAUGGUUUCCCUGUUGGCCAGACUGUGUCAAGAUCAGACGUGGCACGUUUCAUGCUGUCUCUGCUCAGCAGCAACACCUGGAUAAAGAAGGCAGUUUCUAUCAUCACUAAGUGAAGUGGAAGCAUGUUUUAACUAACGUAAGCAGAUGAAUUUAAAAACUUUUAAAUACAUUUACAUUUGCUAUUUUUAUUUUGUUUACAUGUCCUGUUAUCCUGAUGAGAUUUUAUUAUAAAUUCUCCAUAUUUAGAAAUUUGCAGCUUGUUAGAGCAGGUUGAAAAAUGGUUAGAUCUAUAUGAAACGUUAAAAUGUCCUUUACAAUUAAACCAAAUUGAAAACACCAGCAUUUUAUCACAGUCUGUUAUCCACACUUCUUAAAGUAAAUAUAUGUUUAUAUAUACAGUAGUUAUUAUUCUCUGCUGCUGUUGUUGACAGAGAAACAAUUGCUGUUUUAAUAACUUUUUAAGAAACAUAACCUGCCCUUAAAUUAUUAAAGAUUUGAGCAGACACAACACAUGUUGUGUGUGUUUGGGGGAAACA